CGGAUUUGACUCAUCUCCCAUCUCACGAAGGGUGACACUCUAGGUUCACAACAGAAAAUAUCUCAGGCCCAGCACCGCAGAAGUCACGGAGAGGCAGCUCUGCUAUUGCUUCCCUGAACCAUGGAUUACCUCCCGUCCUUGAGCCCCAAAGACCUACUCAGGUCGGUAUCCAGCAUAAGCUCCGAGUUUGGCCGUAGGGUCUGGACGUCAGCUCCACCACCUCAGAGACCUUUCCGUGUCUGUGAUCACAAGCGAACAGUCCGGAAAGGCCUCACAGCUGCCACCCGCCAGGAACUGUUAGAUAAGGCACUGGAGACCCUGCUGCUGAGUGGAGUGCUAACACUGGUACUAGAAGAGGAUGGUACUGCUGUGGAGAGUGAGGACUUCUUUCAGCUAUUAGAGGAUGACACAUGCCUGAUGGUGCUGGAGCCUGGACAAAGUUGGAGCACUGCUAGGGGUGGGAUGCUGCCAUACGGCCUGGGCCGAGAGAAGCCAAAGCACAGUAAGGACAUUGCCCGCAUCACCUUUGAUGUAUACAAGCAAAAUCCUCGAGACCUCUUCGGCAGCCUAAACGUCAAAGCAACAUUCUAUGGGCUCUAUUCUAUGAGCUGUGACUUUCAAGGAGUGGGUCCAAAAAAAGUACUCAGAGAGCUCCUCCACUGGCUCUCCAAGCUGCUGCAAGGCAUUGGCCAUGUACUGCUGGGAAUUUCCUCCACCCUUCGCCAUGUAGUCGAGGGGGGUGAGUACGGGCAGCGUCAGGGUCGCCUCCAUCCCCACUGAGAAGAGGUUCUGAGCAUUUGUCCCCAGGCUUGUUCUAUGAGACAUGCUAUGAAGACUGCGACCGCAUCCAGUUUUAGGACCUGCAGGCAGUGCAGACUAAACAAGCCCCAACUUUCCCGCUGUCCUCACCCCACUGUGAUAGAACCAAUCAACAUGUUUUCCUCCAACUGAACUCUGCCCUUAAUAUCCUAUCCUGCUUUACCCACAUUUGCAACCUUCCACUUACCCUCAAAGGCCACAACCUGCUCCAAGAACCUCGAUUCCACCCCAAAUUGCUGCUACAUCCUUACCAACACCCCCCACCUCAUCCCUAAGCUCCCCACCACAUUGACAACAGCCUUCUCUGACUUUUAAUCUUGAGAUCUCUAUUUCUUUGUAUUUUUCACCUAAAAAUAAAAUUGCAAUAAAAUAUAAAAAUGUU